CUUCUUUACUGUCAGUGGUUGAUUCUAAAAGGCAGAAGCUAUCCACCAUUUUGAUAUCUUCAUUGCCAACUGUGGGAAAAAUGCCUACUUAAAUUUGGAGCCAAAGUGAUUGGAAAUAGCCAAAGUGUCUUUUAACAACAAGAACAAUGACAGUGAAAUGUGACCAAAAGGAAUGCAGAAGAGCCCUGAGUAAAGCAAGGUUACAGGUCAUAAGCCUUUGGUUUAUUGCAUAGGAAUGAUAAAGAAAAUAUUGUAAAUCGUAUUAUGACCACUACAGCGAGAGUGUCUCUGAUAAUACUGAGGGGAUCUCUUUACCGCAGUCUCCUUAUAUCAUUCAGUGCACUGAAGAUGUUACCUAGCCAGGUAAUGAAACGUUUGCAAGAAAACAACCAAGCUCAGAGAACCCCAAGGACUCCGCAGUUCAACCCUGAGCUACACAUACUUGCUUCUAUUGGAACGUGGGCCUCUGAUGGUCCAGUGUUUAGAAAUUGGGGUAGAGCACAGGGGGCCAGAAUGCUGAAUUGGUACUAAACACUAAGACUGCAUUCCCCAAGAGUGGCCCACCCCCGACGCCUGUACUAUCUCCCUCUACCUGCCACUGCUGCAGUGUUCCUACCAAUCUCCCAAAAACCUCCCUUUCCCCAGAUUCAUGCUGUCCCAACACCAGACCUAGGGGCUCCAUCCACUUCCCUAUCAAGCAUUAAUUAACCAGAACUAGCCUGGGUCACUGGGCCACUUCUGCCUUCAAUGAUUCCAGCUCCCCAAGCCAACAAUUCCUCCAACCAAUCCUCCCCCCCGCAAACAUCGAUUUGCCCCCCCCAGCUCUCCACCCAUUCUCCCCAUAUCACUAAGGGUGCCCAUUCUUCCCAAAAGAUGAGUUACAGCCUACUGCUUCCCCCCUCCCGGUUCUCACUAGGGAAAGGGCACCUACAGUGCCACAGGUGGUGCAACCCAACCUUCUGCAGUCUACUGCAGUCCCAACCAUCCACAGGCCAAACAUUCUGAGAUCUACAAGCCAGAAUCUUCUAGGAGAAGACAGAGAAUCCACGAGGACAGGCAGACAGCCAGGAACAACCAUGGCUGCCCCUCCAUCCUCUCCAGGUCCAGUUGCUGUGAGAUGGAGACAAAAUGGCCACUGCACUAGGUGGGAUUACACAGUAGCAGCAGGACCCAGGCCAGACCAACAUCUCCACUGGACCACUCCUGCUUCAGUUGCCAAAAGUCCACUGAUGUUGGGUACCUAAAGCCUCUGGCAUACCUGACUCUCUAGGAGAUCUGCUGCUGCCUGAUCCUCUGCAGCCACCUCUGCAUGCAGUAGCACACUGCCGGUCUCUUCAGAGCUGCUGGCUUGUCCUCGUCACUCCACCAUGCAUGAAGCAGCUGAUUGGCACAUCGCCAGCUGGGCUCUGCUGCCUUUACUGGCCUGCUGGAGGACUCCGCUGCCAUCACCAGUCCAGCAGGAGGUCAGGCACUGAAUGCGUCCUGCUCAGGCUCCCCCAUCACCCAAAGGCCCAACAUGGAGCUUGGUCCGUGCUGGCUCGGUUGGAGCGCAUCUCUCCUGUCUUGCUUUGUCUGACUUGGGAAAACUCUGGAAGAGCCCUCAGUACAGUCCAUAGGACCCUUCCACAGCCCCCCACCCUCUGACAUAGUGCACCCUCAAAACAAAACCUCUGGCCCAUCCAGCAAGCAACACUGGUUUGGGUGCCAUGUUGGGAAAAAUGACAACAGAAGUUUGUUAUUUACAGGAUUUAAAGGCUCUUCUGAUUAACAGGCCCUGAACAGUUCCCCCAAAUCCAUAAUUUGGAAUUGAAGCAAUAAUUCAUCAUCCAGAGGGAUAAUCCAAAUAGUUAGAACAGUACAGUAGUGUUCCCAGGUGCAAUGUAAAGCUGUGAAUGCUGGAGUUUGAGAAAGAGCAGGCAGUGAGAUGUGCCACAUAUGGGGAAUCUCUGUGUCCUGCACUCAUAGAAUCAUCGAACGCCAGGUUGGAUGGGACCUUGAAGAUCAUCUGGUCCCUACUAUUAGCUAGCCUCCUUUUGAACUUUUUAAAGAAACUUUGGGCAUUUAAUAAUUGAAAGUCUGGGAAAACUUGCUUUGAAGGAUAGCUUGCAACUUUUUUGAAAAACAAAUAUAUGAAAGCUGGUGCUUUGCCCCUUUAUAGUUGACCUUUAAAAUGAAAAUAAAGAAUAAAGUCAGGCGCUCUGCAAGUAGACUGACGUAGCACGAAAUAAAAAGAAAUGUGCAUUUCUUAUUUUUUCCACUCAUUUAAAAUGUUUCCCGCCUACAGUCUGAAAUCUGAAGUUACAAAAGCAAUCUUUGAGAAAGCCUUUGCCUUAAAUCUUGUUCACAUUCCGUUUUCACACAAUAGAAGAUUAUUUACCCAACAGAGAAGAAUACUGAUAAGGUCCACAAGGCUAAAAAUAGGGCUCAUGUGGACAAAGAGUCACAAUGGAUAUUUUGUUAAAGAUCAUGGGGGGAAAAAAUUGCAAAUCAUAUUCCUCUAGGCAAGCCAGUCAGGACUUCCCCUUUUGUGUUUCAGGGGAUUUUCUGUCGUUUUGCAUUCUGUUCCUUGGGACAGAUAUAUCGUAUUGAUCUAUUAAUCGAUUUAUUUACUUCCAGAGAGUAUGAUGCUUAAUGAAACAACCAGGAGAAGGCUGAUGUGAUGUAUUACUGAAGUUCAAAUCUCUGUUCAUCCAUGAUGUUCAUUUGGUGAUCUUUGGAACAGUUACUGUUUCUCAGCUUAUCUCACCUUAGAGGAUCCUCUUCAAGGAACAGUCUUUGAAGGCAUUUCAAAAAUGGUGGCUCAUCAAAAUGUGUCAAUCUUGGUUUCCAGGAGGUAGCAUAUCACCCCCGUGUUGAAACAGCUGUGCAGUCUGAAUCUUGGGGGCUUUUUUCUAACAUAGACAGCUUGGAAGAUGCCUGGGGAAAUUACAGAGACAGGAGGAGAUUCGGGAUGUUGUGAUCGUUUGACUCCUGAGGUGACCACUGCAUCUUCUCCUAGGAGUCUUGAUGCAAAGAAUGCAAGAAAUGCUGCUCUCCUACCUAAGUGCAUUACAGAAAAAAAGUUCACUAUAGCAGUUGUUGUUCUAGUCACAGUUUUGAUCAUUGUUAUAAUUUCAUUGGCUGUUAAAAAAACACCAAUAUUUCCGCCUUGUCCUCUUCCUGUUAGGGCUGCCUGCCCAGAUUCCUGGAUCGGAUACAGAGGAAAAUGUUUUUAUAGAUCAAAAGAAGAAAGCACUUGGGUUACCAGUUCAAAGAAUUGUUCCUCAUUUAAUGCGUCCUUGGCUGUGAUUGAUACUAAGAAUGAAUUGCAUUUCUGGGUAGAAUUUUUGCGUCCCUCUCAUUACUGGUUUGGCCUCUCGAGAAAAUUUAAACAGGCUUGGAAAUGGUCCAAUGGCACAGAGUUUAAAAAUCAGUUUCCAGUGCGAGGAGAAGGCUUGUGUGCAUAUGUGAAUGAAAAAGGGGCCAGCAGUACUGUAUGCUCCACAGAGAAAUAUUUUCUCUGCAGCCAGCCAGAAAGUUGUACCACGGGUGGAUAACAUCACCUCAUCAAAAGAGGAGAGUUCGACUAGCAUUCAUUGGAGAAGCACGUGCACACACAUCAUCUCUCCUGGCACACCCGUAUUUGGUACUUGCCACAUAGGCCUUAGUUGUAAUCCUGAGAGUCCAAGUGCAUCUUCAGAUCCUAGCUUAACAAAGCUAUUCUGUUCUUCAUCUAUUCUCCCUUGUGGCAAAUUUUACUUCUCCGAUGAAUCCACGUUACAUCACUGCUUCCCACCGUGUUACGUGCUUCAGCUGUGCAAUAACCUCAUCUCCCUUGCGCUCCUCCCAUAUCAUCAUCUUUAAGCUGGCUAGGGAAAUAUGGGGAUCAAAGUUGCUGAGAAACACUGUUUGAGAGCAUCAUUUGGCAUCUAGAAGUCUGUUAAUGCAUAGGGAAGGCUAGCCCUUCCCUGUUCCACCAUUUGGGGAGGAAAUUAUAUUGGUGAUUGUUUAUGAAGAUUCUCAGUCAUCCAGGUGGAAUUGUCUGGAGGUUGAGUCAGGGCAACUGGACUUC